AUGUUGUAUACCGCUUCAACACAUUUCAAAUUGUUCCAGGGGCCCCAAUUAAACCGAUACUCCUACCUCCCUCGUCUGUCGAAAUUCUCAACACACCAAGUUACGAACUUACGGGCUCUCGGCAUUGAAAGCACUGGGACCAAAACAGGUAAUUACAUUGGUAUCUAGAAGUGCUCUGGAGCAAAACACGUUAACACAUCAUAAAAUUAACAAAGAUAGGACCAACCGAGCUUCCGUUGACCUGGCAGUUCAAGAGUGCUUACAAUAAUGAGCUGAAGAAAGGUAUUGCCAAAACUCUCCAGGUAAGCUACAAUACUAAGCGCACUUGUGGAGAACUGGAAACCUUUGGACCGACCGAGAUUUCUAUUGAUCUCAAAGCUCUUGGUAUAGAGGAUCGCAGCCAUUACGUGCUUUUCCAGAGUUUCUGGAGUACAUGUUUACUAGGUUCUGCAUAUUUUGGUUACGCACUUCUGGGUUUACACCUACGAUGGGUCCUCUGGACUCUCGCGACCCCACACUUUACAAUUCUGCAUCUCUGA